CGUACUGUGUACCAGCUUCAAAACAAUGGCGGUAGACGGUUUGUCCAUAACAGAGCAGUGGAUCAGAGAUAAACUAAAUCUUCAACACAGUUGUUUAGCGGAUGUUAGGUCAUUGAUCCUACCAGGAACAUAUGAAGGGAAGAUCUGUCAUUUGGGAUCAUCUCUGAAGAAUUUUGUGCGUUUGAAAACAUUGGAUCUUUCUCAUAAUGCACUGAUCACAGUUCAGGGGAUUGAGCAUCUGGAAACGCUAGAGAAACUCAAUCUGUACUACAACAGACUGGCAUCACUACAGGACGUCUUUUCUCUGCACAAGCUGCAGAAUUUGAAUGAACUGGACUUGAGAUUGAAUCCUGUAGUUCAGAGACACCCUUACUACCGUCUGUACUUGGUCCACGCUAUGACCAAACUCCGCAAACUUGAUGAUUGUCCUGUGCGCGACCGAGAACGGAAGGCUGCUCUCAUGCAUUUCUCAUCAGAGUCAAAUUUGUACCCUAAACAGAACAGACACGUCUUAACACAAGACACAGCAUGCAGAAGUAGUGAGCAGAGAAUAAAAGCAGUGGAGAGGAUGAUGAAGACGCUCUCACAUUUAGAACACAAUGAGGAAGCUGCUCUCAAUGAAGUGUGCAGAAUGAAGCAUCAAUCUCUCACCAAUCGCUCUGAACAUGAAGGCAGCCCUCGUCUCUUACUAGAAAAUCCUUCUGAUGUCAUGCAUUUAAUUAAUGAUUCUGGAUGUGAAAGGUCCUCGACACCAAAUCAGGAAUCCGUUCUGAAGAACUUGGAUCCUAAGGAUGGAGUUCCCACUCGACAAGGUGGGCACAAAGUGACUUUUCUCAGUCCCAUUGUUGAAAGCUGUCGUUCGGUGAGUUGUUUGAACCGCGGUACAGUUCGAGGAGAGACUAUGUUUACACCACACCCUACUGCGUGCGCUGCUUCACAAGAAGACAAUUGUAGAACCAUCAAACUGCAAAACAGUCCAAAUCCCAUCUUGCAUCCUCCCAGAUUAACCUACCAGAGCAGAGGAACGUCUGAUAGAAGUCCACCUGCAUCAGAGCGAGAACGCAAACCACGUAAGGGUGCGUACAGGAAACCCAUGGAGUUGCUCCUAAGUAUGAUGGAGGAGCUCUGGUCUGGGACGAAGGAAAAUCAACAAAACAGAACGCUCCUCAUGAACAUGGUGAAGAUCCUCAGCAUGAUGGAGAAGGAUGUUGUGGAUGGAGAAGAGGAGAUCCAGAGUCUUAAAGAAACAGUCAAAGCUCUGAACGCUCGAACCGAACGACAGAAGAAACAACAUCGAUCUGAGAUUGAAGAAAUUCAACUUCAGCUUCAACAGGCACAAGAGUCCAUAGAAGCUCUUAAUGAGCAGUUGAAGACUGUGUUGGAGGAAAACGUGUCUUUACAGAAACAGCUGAUCAGAGCUGAAAAGAGGCUUCUCUCCUCUCGACUGAAGAACAUGACAAACAUAGAGGACAGAGCAGAGCUGUCUGACUCGUCGGAGUUGAACAGGAAGAGACAGACAGUCCAGGACGGCCACAGAGCCAACGAGAUCGCACACGAGCAGCGAGAACACUACAAGUCUUUAAUUGCCAGAAAUGAACGUUUGCUGCAGCAGCUGGAAGAGGCUCUGAUGAGCUGAGAGAAGAUUGUGUUCAUCUAUAAACACCUGUCUUUUCCCAGACAGUGAAUAGUGCUUCGUCACAUAUCAUUAAAAUUACAUGCCUUUUAUUUGAUAGACAGUCUUUGUGCAAGGCAGCACGUGUUCUCUUUCUUUCUUAAACGUAUUCAAACAUGUAGUUCCACAGUGUCUUAUAAAAAUGACAAGAGGCGAAUUUGUUGGACAUAUGCACUAACACAAAUAUUUGAAAUUAGUAAAUGUUUAAAACACUUUUCUGUGCCUUAGCAAGUUAAGUUCUGUGGCUAGUUAAGUCCAGUAAAUAUUUCUCAAGGAAAGUUUAUUUUUUAAAGUUAAUCUCUGUAUAGACACACAGCUUAUGUCUUCAAAUUGAACAGUUCAUCUAAAUUGGCUAUUUAACUUUUCUGCCAGUAUUGCAGAGAGGAUACAAAGCUUGACCCAAUAGCGGGGCAUGUUGUCACAAUGGUAACUUUCCAUUGCUUUGGCCAACACAUGUUGUACUUAAUUACAACAUGUAAAAACCAUGUCUAUACUUUUAAAUCUAAAAUCUACCUAUAUUAUAUACGUAGCUGACUCUUGGCUCAAUGUAUGCCAGUGUAAUUUUGUGUUCAGUUGUUUACCCAGUUGCUAUUACAAAAAUAUUGGAAGUUUUAUUUGGAGA